AUGUACUGUCUUUUCGGAUUAUUUUUUGUCCCUAUAGUUUUGAGCUCUACAAUUUCUAUUUCAUGGCAGAAUCAUCAUUCACAAGCAGAUAUUGAACGCAUAAUCAAGAGAGUUAUCGAGAAAUGCCCCGAUAUUUCUUAUGCUUACUAUUUAACGACUGGUCGUAUCACCACAACACCGAAUUUAAACAGACUAUUUGUGAUAGCUUUCGGAAAGUAUGCCAACACAUCUGUGAAAGGUAUACCGGAGUUCAAGUAUAUUGCCAACAUGCAUGGAGAUGAAGUUGUUGGAAGAGAGCUGUUAAUACGUUUGGCCGUCUACCUGUGUGAUGAAUUUACCUCACAAAACACAUUCGUCCGCAAACUGCUUAACCGAACGAGAAUCCAUAUUUUGCCCUCAAUGAACCCGGACGGUUGGGAAAUCGCCGCAUCUAACAAAAAAUUUCAUGAAUUAGGAAGAUGCAAUUCUAGAAAAGUGGAUCUCAACAGGGACUUUCCUGACUUGACAAAAAAGUUUUAUAUCAAUCUGCGUAAUGGUGGACCUUUGGACCAUUUACAACCUGAUGAAAUCGAUGUGGAGAAGGUAAACUUAAAUGAUGUAAAAAAUAAAAUUCUUACGGGUUCAGAAUUUCAAAAAUAUUUCAAAGGUCUUACAUAAGGCUUUGUGCUGCGUAACAACAUAACGACUGUAUUAAAUAUUAACAUAAGUCGAGCCGCGUGUUUCCACUCAGACAGUCAAAUAUAAUAUCCACCUUAAACACGCCAAAUUAUUGUAUGAUCUAGCCAAAUGGUUUACUAGUAUUACGCAAUUUUUUGAAGAUCGAUUUAAUCUCAUGCAAAAAAGCUUCCGAAUUUCCUAUAAAUGUUAUUUCAGAAGGCACUGAUACCAAUUGUUGAUGCUUACGCUUCC